AUGCAAUUCUUGCGCGGACAGGCCCUGACCCAAACUUACAUUAGACAAGAUAUUCAAGCCAGUCACAGCAUUUCUUCCCAUCAACAGGGACAAUAUCCGCAUCAAUACCAACAACAAUCUCAAGCCCCUCAAUUACCGCAGGCUGGAGGUUCGGUGUUGAGUCCUCAUGGAACAUCUACCGAUCAGCAUCGAUACUACGGGUACCAACAGAAAUUUGGGCGUCACAAACAGCUGCCACUUCAGCAACAGCUGCAACAACAACCCCCUCAACAGCAUUACCAACAAGCACUUCAGCAACUGCCGUCGCUGACUCAACUGCAUGUGUAUGAUACUACAUCAAGUACCGGGACCCUAACAUCCCCGGCAACUACAACACCGUCAACAGCUACCAUUACUCCCAAUAAUGUUUAUUAUAAUAAGGGACCUUACUACUCUGGUCAACAACCUCCAGUUUAUCAGCAACAAGUACGUGCUCCUCCAGCACAACCUCAUGCCCCUCAUAUUAUCCCUAUUCAUCAUCACCAAGGCUUGCAGCACGGUGCUUACCACCAACUGGGAAUGUUGGCUGGGCCUCCCAAAGUACCAACUCCUAGCACGGAUAAUCAUGGAUUUGGAGGACAGGGACCAUCUCAACUUUCACGACUAUCUUCAUCUGGCUCUAUGGAAGUAACACCUCAUGACUCUGAAAACCUACCACACAGUCUUACUUCACAGGAAUUGGUGAAACAGAUACAAGAAGUACUUCCCCACCCACCUUUAGUUAGUUCUGAAGUCCGUCCGGACUCCUACUCCCGAUCAAAUCAACGAAGGGCCAAACGUAAAUCUAAGUUCACCAAGAAACAAGACGAAAUGAUAGUUGCACUUAAAAGAGAAGGUAAAACUUGGGUAGAAAUAGCAGAGAUUACGGGCGUUGGUUCUUAUUUGGCAGCCAGAAAUCGGUACCAAGUUAUAGUUGGACAACAGGGGAACAACAAUAGCUCUUCUUUCAGCGUUGAUGAUAAAAACUUACUUAAGAACUUGUUAGACAUUGCUGAGUUAGAGAAGUGGAGAUUCAUAGCUGUGGAGUUGGACAAAGCCACAAGCAAAGACUUUACCGAUAAAGAGUGUCGGGACAUGAUUAAACAACUUUACAUGAGUAAUCCGGAGUCAUUUGGUAUCACUGAAGAGACUCUUCACGAGUGCAUAAAGGAAAAGAAGAUUACAGAAAAGAUUAUUUCCAGUUCCAAUGCCAGUACUAGUGAUCGAGAAUCAACAUAUAAUGAUGUGAUAGAGAAGAGCAGUGGUGCUUCUAACGCUGCCAACAUCAGUACCACCACAAUUGCAUCAUCAUCUGUAUCCAAGGAUUCUUUUGAUAAUAAGCCAGAAGCAAUAGGAAAUAAUCGUUCUCUUCUUGAAACCCAAUUCAAACCUCCGAUGGAUUCUUACAAAGGCUAUUAUCAGUAG